AGAAAUAGCUUUUGUUUCGGUUAAGUAUAGUCCUGACUUGGUGUUGAGUGUUAUUCUGUAAUCACACGUGCAUAUUGCAUAGAGGUAGUUGUAUUUUAGCAGACAUGGCUAAGUAGCCUGCCAAUCCAGUAGAUUAGUCCCUUCUAAAACUCAGGCUGAUCCUUUUGUCACUUGACAGCUGAGUAGCUAACAGCUAGCCUGGUUCAGACAGCAACCAGUGUACGGUAGCCCGCCUCGCUCUGCGCUCCAAUUGCGGCUCUGCUCGGAUGGGCGUGAUUCUUCAAUGCUAAUACGCUAGCUGCUGGCCUAAUACAACAUGCUAUAAAUGACCCGUGGCGCUAACUUGUAACAUUAGUAACCCUAACUCUGGGUUGGACUAAAAACCAUGGCAAUACAUUACCUAUGCUACGUUGGAAAUGAAGUCCUGACAAACAACGUUACUUUGCUUAAGUUUUAAGUUUCCUGACAUGUGAAGUUAGCUACAUGUGAGACUUGCCAACGAGGGCUGGAAGAGGCAUUAAGCCCAGUCCACCAGCAACAUGGGAAAGAAGAGUCGAGUGAAGAUUCAGAAGUCGGGCUCAGGAGCCACCCCGGUGGUGACCCCCAAGGAGAUGAUGAACCUGAUCGCUGAACUGCUGCAGAAAUGCAGCAGUGCAGCACCCUCUGCUGGUAAAGAGUGGGAGGAGUACACCCAGAUCAGAGGCCUGGUGGAGAAGAUCCGCAAGAAACAGAAGGGGAUGUCCAUACUCUUUGACGGCAGCAGAGAUGACAGCUUCCCAGACCUGAUGUCCUGGGCUCAGGAGAACGGGGCAUCCUGUGACGGCUUCACAGUGGCCAACUUUGGAACAGAGGGCUACGGCCUCCAGGCCACCAGAGACAUCAAGGCAGAGGAACUCUUCCUAUGGAUUCCCAGGAAGAUGCUAAUGACUGUGGAGUCAGCCCAGAACUCUGUGAUGGGUCCUCUGUACAGCCAGGACCGGAUCCUGCAGGCCAUGGGCAACGUGACGCUGGCCUUCCACCUGCUGUGUGAGCGGGCCAACCCAGACUCAUUCUGGCUGCCGUACAUCCGGAGUCUUCCUCAGGAGUACGACACCCCACUGUUCUACCAGCAGGACGAGGUGCACCUGCUGCUGGGCACACAGGCGGUGCAGGACGUGCUGAGCCAGUAUAAAAACACUGCGCGCCAAUACGCCUACUUUUACAAACUGGUACAGACUCACCCCGCUGCCAGCAAGCUGCCCUUGAAGGACAGCUUCACGUUUGAUGACUACAGGUGGGCGGUGUCUUCAGUGAUGACACGGCAGAACCAGAUCCCCACUGAGGAUGGGGGCCGCAUCACCCUGGCCCUCAUCCCCCUGUGGGACAUGUGUAACCACACCAAUGGACUGAUCACCACGGGAUACAACCUUGAGGACGACCGCUGUGAAUGUGUGGCCCUACAGGACUACAAAGAGAACGAGCAGAUCUACAUCUUCUAUGGCACGAGAUCAAAUGCCGAGUUUGUCAUCCACAACGGCUUCUUCUUUCAAGACAAUGCCCACGACCGAGUGAAGAUCAAGCUGGGCGUCAGUAAGAGCGAGCGGCUGUACGCCAUGAAGGCUGAGGUGCUGGCCCGAGCCGGCAUACCUGCGUCUUGUGUCUUUGCUGUGCACUGUAAUGAACCCCCGAUAUCAGCCCAGCUCCUAGCCUUCCUCAGAGUCUUUUGCAUGACAGAGGAGGAACUGAAGGAUUACCUGCUCGGAGACGGUACCGUCAACAAGAUCUUCACCCUGGGCAACAGUGAGUUCCCUGUCAGCUGGGAGAACGAGAUCAAGAUGUGGACUUUCCUGGAGACCCGGGCUGCUCUCCUGCUCAAGACCUACAAGACCACCUCACAGGAGGACAGCUCCAUGCUUGAGAAACCAGAUCUAUCCCUAAAUUCUCGCGUGGCAAUCCAACUCAGCUUGGCUGAAAAGCAGAUCUUGGAGAAGGCGUCGGCCAGUGGACGGGCCAAGCAUUUGCACUUUGAGAAGAAGCUAGAGGAGGGAGCUCCGUUGCCUCGAUAUGAGGAGAGUGACAUCGCUUUGCUGGAGAAUUCUGACGAAGAUUCAAAGCUUCCGAUCAUUCUACGCAAGCUGGAAGAAGUAGAAGGCCAGGAGAUCCAAGUGGAGGAGCACAGCCACUUCUUGAACGGGGACAAGGCCGUCUAUGGUUUUGAUCAAGAGGCUAAUGGAGGGCCGACAUCGGAGGGUACUCAGGAGGGGGUCGGGGAAGAUGUUGAUUCAGCUUUGGACUUGAUAGGAAGUUCAACCCAGAAGGGCCAAAAGGAGGUAGCCAACCUGAGUGCCAGUUGAACUGAUGAUGAUCCCUCAAAAAACUGUGAAUAAAUGUAUUUCACUCACUGCCACAGCCCAUGCUAUUUAUUAUUUUUGUUUCUCAUAAAUGAGCGAAAACGUUUGAAUUCAAAGCUGCAGAACUUUUCAGAUUGCACGUUCAUCCAGCGCGGCUUUCCUUAGUUGUAUAAAAUGCCGCCGGUGGGUCCGACUAGCAUUAGAGCUGCACGCAGGAAAUAAAGGAUGGACACCACAAACUGGUUCCAGCACAUUGUUAGGUGAGAGAAAAUAAUAAAGCAGUUAGGUGAAUGUUAUUUCCACAAAGCCAAAAUGUCUCUAAUCUUGUGAAUUGGUUGGUUUAUUACUGCCGUUUGUCUCCAUAAAUGUCCUGUAUGCUUUGAUUUGACAAUGCUUUUCUCCAGGGCUUUUUGUGCUACUGAUUUAAGACCAUCACUGCCCUCUGCUCCUUUUUCCUGCUUAAAAUCUUUUCAAGCAAAACAUAAAGUUAUACGCCUGACAACACUUGUUGUAAUUGAUAGUAAUUGUUAUGGUAUGACAUGCCAAAAUGGAAGAUGCUUUUCAUUGAUUUUUAUCAAUCAAAAUGUUAAAUUCAGUCAUUAUGUAGUUUCAGUAUUUAGGAAUUGAGUUUUAUUGUGUGUUUUUCAGAAGUUUCUUUAAGAAUGUACUGUGUGUAUGUUGCAGUGAUGAUCUGUUGAUGAUGAGACUCACUGAGACAGCAGAGGAAAGAUUAUAGUGGUCCCCUGUUGGAUUUUUGUUUGACUGCCAUAAAAUGAGGCCAUUUCCACAUUGCAAA